AUGUCUUUGAAUUUCGGUAUCAGCAAUAUCUCGAAAGGCAAUCACGAUUCAUACAAGGACAAACCGGUGUCUAAAUCACUUCCACUAUACUACAAAGAUAAAUCGCCCUUCCAUCCAAGAAAUCCGCACAGCAAACGAAAACAGAAGGUUUUUAUGUUAUUAAAAGGCUUCAUUUAUUCGCUAGGCUUGUAUAUUGUCUACUACCUAGCUAGAAAUCAUUUAUUUCUGUCGUCAGACUCGUCACAUGUGUUUCAAAUAUUCAAUUCAGGGACACCGUCAUGGAAAACUGCGCAACUGGAAGUUCGACAGGCAAUGUUGGAGUCCUGGCAUUCGUAUGAAAAGUAUGCUUGGGGGUAUGAUGUGUACCAUCCUAUCAAAGAACAAGGUGAAAACAUGGGUCCACAACCUUUGGGUUGGAUGAUUGUUGACUCGAUAGAUACAUUAAUGAUAAUGGAUUGCAAAGAAGAAGUUGAGAGAGCUAGAAAAUGGAUAAAAGAUGAUUUGGAUUAUAAAUUUGACUACGCGGUGAAUACUUUUGAAACCACCAUAAGAAUGUUGGGAGGCUUGCUAUCGGCAUUCCACUUGAGUGGGAAUGAUGAUGUUUAUCUUGAUAAAGCUGUUGGUUUGGCCAAUUCCUUACAUGGUGUGUAUGACAGUGCCACUGGCAUUCCAUACUCCUCAGUUAACUUGAAAUCCGGCGUUGGCAUUAAAAACCACAUGGACGGCGGUGCGUCUUCUACAGCUGAAGCUGCCACAGUGCAAUUGGAAUUAAAGUAUUUAGCCAAAUUGACUGGGGAAGUGAAUUGGUGGGAAAAAGCGGAAAAGGUUAUGCAAGUUCUUGAAGCAAAUAAGCCACAAGAUGGGUUAGUGCCUAUUUAUGUCAAUCCAGAUACCGGGAAAUAUCAGGGCAACCUAAUAAGGUUGGGUAGUCGUGGGGAUUCUUACUAUGAGUACCUUUUGAAGCAAUAUUUGCAAACAAGCGAGGAGGAACCCCUAUAUUAUGACUUGUAUCGUGAGUCUGUUGAAGGAGUUAAGAAUCGCCUAGUGAGAAAAUCUUUCCCCAAUGAAUUGACUUUUAUUGGUGAAUUGGAUAAGGGUAUUGGCGGCCCGUUUUCACCUAAAAUGGAUCAUUUGGUAUGCUUUUAUGGUGGAUUAUUAGCUGUAGGAGCAACCAAUGGGUUAUCACUCGACGAAGCUAAGCAACAAAAGUGGUGGAAUGAAGAGAGGGCUCUGGAUUUCAAAUUUGGAGAGGAAUUGACCUACACAUGUUAUAAGAUGUAUCAUGAUGUUGCGCCCACUGGGUUGUCUCCGGAAAUUGUUGUUUUCAACGAAGACACCACAAAGGAACAUGACUUUAAAAUAAAACCAUUGGACAGGCAUAACUUGCAGCGUCCAGAAACUGUUGAGUCGCUAUUCUAUCUUUACAGAUUGACUGGGGAUGCCAAAUAUCGUCGAUGGGGUUAUGAGAUUUUCCAAAACUUUGUCAAAUACACAAAGGUGGUAAAUAAGCACGGCGAGGUUAGUUUCGCUUCCUUGAGCGAUGUUACCAGCUUGAAUUCAGACGGCUCGCCAAAGUACAAGGACAACACAGAAAGUUUUUGGUUUGCGGAAACCUUGAAAUACUUGUACUUGCUCUUUGACGAUGAGAACAAACUUCCAUUAACAGAAUACGUUUUCAACACCGAGGCCCAUCCAUUCCCAAAAUUCCACACGAAUGAUCAUUUGAAAACAGGCUGGAGAAGGAAGAUUGAUGAAUCAGUCAAGCCAAAAAUAAGAGAAAAGCCUGUGAAAGGAGGCGCCAAACCACAAAUACCCCAAGCACAGCCUGUCGAUGAUUCAAUUGAGAAGGAAGUAGAAAGCGCUUUAAAGGAGAACCCUAAGUUGGCUAAGGAUGAUAAAGAGGGAAAGAAGAAGAAGUUGAAUGAGCUUGUAAAGGAAAUGGAGUAG